AUGUCUCAGUCACGAGACGCCAUUCCCUCAGUCACGGCGAUGAAACGCUUUUCAAACUCCAGCGUGGAUCCGCUACACAGACUAGACUUCAAGUACAGUCGUCUCGAAUCGCCUCGCGAGCAAGUGGAGGAAGAAGUAUCACAAAUGUCAUGGGAGGAUCAAGUGUCCCUGUAUCAUGCUGUCAAGGAACCACGUACGAAACAUAUGGCUUCCAACUGUAACGAGGGUAUACUGACGACUCCAGUCACUGGGGAAGAGGCUAUUUCUCUCAAGUGCGAAGCAUACCUUCGCCAAAUGGAGCGGCUCAAUGAUCAAGGCUUCGAUAUCCGGGGCGCUGAAGAUCUCGCCAAAUUCUAUAAUCAGGGUUUAUCCAAUGGUCAUCUGGGAGAUAUCUUCGUACUCGUGGCUGAUACUAGGCGGGCCCACUUCAAGAUAGUCCGUUUAGUACUUCAAAAGGUUCAGGAAAAAAGAGCCGCAUUUAAACGAGAGACCGCUCUUGAUGCCCCGUUUUACGCCUGGUGCAUCGCCAAUGACGAACUACGGGCAGAAAAAGCGAAGACUGCUAAACUCAUGCAGAGGAUUCACGAACUGGACAACCAAUACGUACCACAACAUAGAGUAGUUGCCGAUGCUAACUCCUUGAAAGCCCGAAUCAGGGAGCAGGAAAACCAGCACGAGAUCAACCUGAGGACUUUGCGGGCUGCUACACAGCAACUGGCCGCCAUGAAUGCCAAGCAUGAGCAGUCGAACGGUCAUCUUAAUGAGAUCUCUGGGAUCGUUGCCGGCGGAGGACUCUAA